AUGAAACGGAUUGUAUACCUGAUGUUACUGUUAUACAAAUAUCUAUGAUGCAUCGCAGAUGUCUCUUGCCCCAUUACCUGGAGUACUAAUUGUAAGAAACUACAAUUACAAGCCAUUGCCGUGACUGUGACUAAAACUCUACCUGGUACGCAAGGAACAGGUCAAUUGUGUACGAUCAGUCGAACGUAUAAGAUCGCCGAGUAAUCAGCCGAAGUUUCAGUCUUGUUGUCGAAGUCGCCGUAGACGCGUGUGAUCUUUGCCCUACGAACAGUUGGCGAACAAAAUCAAUAAACAAAUACAGUGUUUCUAAAUAUUUUCCGAAUAAAACAGUGCAAAUUUUGUGACUUAUUAAAUAUUAAAAGUAUUAGAAAGAUGACCUCGAAAAUCUUUAGACUCACCGAACUUUGUUUUUUAAUAACGCUACUGAUGCCACAAAAUAUUUUCGUGCAAUCAAAAGACAUUCACCAAAGUACUAUUAAAUUGGCAAAUCGACACAAAGAUGACACGAUUAUAUUUCCUGGAGAAAAGAGACACGUGCCCCCCGCUUGCAAAGGAUCCACUUAUUGUGAGAACGUAGAUUCUUAUCCCGAAGAUAUAGUGAAUAGGGCGCUUCGAAUAAACGAAAGCAUUAAAUAUCUUUCUAGUGUAGAUGGAGUUGAUAUAGGACAGAGGCUCAUGCCAAACGAUGAACUAUCCCUUUGCGUAGCUGAUGAGCAAAUUAUAUUUCCUCAAUCAGCGGAGAACAAAGACAAUGAAUGGAAAUUCAUCGCGAAUCAAAAAAAUUUCAAACAGGGCAUACGGAUUGAGAAGUGUAGAACGGAGGGCGCCAGCUGUAGCGUGAUAAGUGGACUUGCUGCAGGUUACGAAACAAGUUGCAAGCAAAAAUUCAUUUUUAGAGAAUUGUUAUCAAUAUCGGAAAACGGUAGUGUUGCUCCAGAUAUUUUCCGAUUCCCAGCGAGUUGUUGCUGUUUUGCAACACUCACUGGAAAUCUACUUACAAGAAUGGGUAUAGGGCAGCAAAGUCAAAUUACAUCUACUACAGCACCUAUUAAAAAUAGAUGAAUAAAUUGAAAAAUAUUUUUCUAUACAGUUUUGACAUAAUAUGCAUAGGUAUAUAAAUACAUAUACAUAUAUACACACAUA